AUGGCGGACGACCCCCAGCUCUACUCCAUCGCCUUCUCCCCCUGGUCCAACAAGGUCAAAUGGACGCUGAACGCCUGCGGCGUGGGCUACACGCGCGUGGAGUACACGCCAGGGCUCUCGGAACUCAACCUGCGCCUCAAGCUGCGGAAUUACUGCGGGCGCGUGACCGUGCCCGUCAUGGCCGUACCUCGUGGCCCCGUCCUGGUGGAGUCGUUUGACAUCGCCGUGUGGACGGACGAUCACAGGGAGAAGGGCAGGCCCAGCCUGUUUCCCGCGGGAAUAGAGGCCGCGCAGGAGUGGAACGACCUCAGCGACCGCAUCCUCUACGUGGGCCGCGUGCAGUCCCUGCGCAAGAUCAUCAGCAACACGGGCGCGGUGUGG